AGUAUUUUAGCCUAGGCCAGAUCUAUUCUAAGCAUGGUAAGCAAUUGUAGUGACAUUGCGAUGGCGGUAUUCUCUCAACUCCAGGGCUUACUGUUUUCAUGGUUUUACUACUUCAGCCUCACUAGGCCAAGAACGUCAUGGAGUUGGGUCCCAUGCACACCACGCAACGUGCUCAAGCAAUUAUGGGCCUAGUUGCUAGGUCCAGAAAUUUGCCACCUACAUGUAAAACUAAUCCAUUGGCAUUAUUGUUUUCACAGUAGGCCUAAGUGACGAAAUAAGAGACCUGGCGACUAUACUGUCUCACAGUCGCCAGGUCCCUAGCCAUACAUGUUGGAUUUUAAUUGCCUGGCCCUUCAUUAAAAUCAGUCCAUGUCGUGCAUGGUCUAACAUGCCUAAUGUCUAAGUAGGCCCUAACAUGAACUAACCAUAGCAAGGAAAAUCAACUGAUGUCUGACAUUAGCAUGUUUAGGCCUACAUGUGUCAGGCACAUAGGCUUGGACCCCGUAGACUGUGUGUGCAGUUAGUUUGUGUAUUCGCGCAUGCGCAAAAGUGACCUAUAGUUGUCGGCCUGAAAAAUUAUUCUAGCAGAUGACGCAUAUCUGUGGUGACCCUUGUGAGGGAUUUGUCUUGCCAUUUCUCUUAAAGACAUUGUGUGUUAAUUGCCAAGAAUUUAUCAAAUGGUGAUUUUGAUUGCUUCUGUGUUGAGACAGACCUCCAGAAAGAAUCAAGGAAGUGGAAAGUGUAUGUUUAAUGAUAAAGGAUAAUUUGGAAAAAAAUUAAUGUUUUACCUACCUUUGUAGGCCCUAUUGGUCGUGCUUUUAAGCCCCAAUAAGCAUCAACAAGUGACAACAUACACGAGUAGCAUCAACAAACAGACCUGCCAACUAGUACGAUUUAGCCGCAUCUCCCAUUGGAAAUUCUUGAAAAUAUGAUUGUACGGUUUCUCCCCCAUAAAUUAUGGGUUUGAUAUGCCUGAAAAAAAACAAUCGCAGUUCAAUGCUUGCAGUGUACAUUAUGCUAGAAAAAAACCGGCUGCGAAUAUAUACAUGUACACUAUGUGUUUGCUCACAUACAGUGUAUGUACAUGUACGUACAGGGUAUGCACGUGCAUGUACAAACCUUGUGUGUAAACCGCAUUCGGCACCCACUCGAGCAUAAUGUUGUGAUAGGCUGCGCAUGAAAUAUCAAUAUUCAUGUAUGUAUUAGUUAGACUCUUUAAAGUCGCUUGUGCAUCAAUGGAAAAAGUGACAAACAAUCUCCAUUGUUCUAUGCAGCACACAUUUCCCGCCAUCAUAAAUAUGGAAAUUGGGAAAAAAAGUGUGUUAUAUAUUAUUGCACGGCUUUUACAUACUCAAACAAUUGUUGGAAAUACAUAUAGACUCAUCAACAUAUCAGUGCAACACUACUUUAUGAAUUGUCUAAAGAGGGUCCAAUUUGGAUGCAAUCUUUGACAAGACCGAUCCUCAAGUUAAAAAUCUGCGGAAAUAAACAAGGAUGGAGACAUUUUAUGGCCGGCCAGCAGGCAGGUGACAAAAUCCACGCCAGGAAAUUUCAAAAGCCUGGACAUGCGAUGUGCAUUUCAAGAUUUCAAAGUUUGAAAACUUGGUCAAGUCAGGUGGAAAUAGGGCCAUAUCACUUUUAACCUCAAUAAUGGAUUUCUCAUGUGAUUAUUUUUAUGUGAGAAGAAGAGUUGACCGAAUCUAGUCCAAGCUUUGCAUCCUUUCUCCAUGUUCCGAGUUACUUGGACUGGAGUAGACCCAAUCCAGACAAGCGGUCAAAAAACAAUCACCUGGAGGAAUAUGCUCAUUUUUUGCAAAAUAUGAUUUUUAAAUAAAAAAUAUGACAUCUGAAGUUUCAGAAUAUAGUUUUGUGAUCAAGCGGUUGGCAGGUCUGAACAAAGUGUCAACAACUUGAAAAUACCCUUUACAGAUUUAAAUGUGGUUUUAUCAUAUCUUAGAGACGCUAACACCUGCUACUGUGUAAGAGAAACAGUUAAUUUGCUUCCAGAUUCUCGCCUGUUGAAAUGAACAUUUUUCAUGAUGUAUGGAGGCCGCCAUCUUUCUUUCCUCUGCUAUACACAUGAAAACAAGAUGGCAGCUGGUCGUGUUGCACGAGCAGGCCGGACUUUGUCACUCCAAUUUCCACACUCACACAAAUACAUGUAUCAUUGCAGAUAAAUUGAACAUGAUGAUAUGUAUGUUGGAGCCUGUUAUAAAUAUGAAAUUUUUGCUUAAGUAUGCUUGAAUAACUUAUUGACACUUUAUUGACGCUCGUUGAUGCUUGUUGAUGCUAAAUAGCAUUACCCUCGGUGGGAGAAACAUGUAACACUCAUGUUCAUGUACAUGUGAUUGUGCUAUUUAGUGUCAACACACACAAUUAGCGUCAUUAGAGCAUUGAUGUAUGAUGACUAUAGCAUCAUUAUUAUAUUGACGUCAUGUCUUUUUUAUGGCUCCCAACUGCCAUGAUGACAUGUUCCACAAGAUCCUGCACAUGGGUUUGCAAUCAUGGCUGUCUGUUUAUAGGUUGGGGUACAAAAGCAUUUUUAACCUCAAACCUAAAUGUUGUCAAUCUAAUUUAUCAAAUGCAUAAUCCUAUUUUAAGUAAUGUUCCUCAAUUUAAUGGCCAGAUAUAUUCAGUACUUAAGUUAUGUGAACAUGUUUGGUUACAUCGUAAAGAAUGACAGCACUGAAAUGAAUGUUUCAUCCUUACCUCUCAAAAACAGUAAGCAGCUGUACCACACAGGUACAUGUCACCCCAUACAACAUGCAGCUACAUGUACAUGAAAUGAAUUUGGGGGGAUUGUAUGGCUGUUGCAUGAACUGUAGGGUGCUGUGCUGGUUUAUUUGUAAAUCAUUUUGAAAGUCAGCUGUAAGAAAUGUGUGUGUAACAACUUUAUUGUCACAUGUACACAAGUUCCAAGCUGGAGGGCUUCUAAGCUUAACAAGUAUACCCGUAGCAAAUACAUGUACUGGAAAUACAGAUUUUUCUAAGUCGAUACUUUCUCAGUCAUAUCACUGAUGCACUGAUAAAAUUGUCCAGGAUUGUGUAUCAUUAAAACUCUUAGAUACUAUAAAUAUAAAUUCAUAAAUAAUAUCAUGGCUCUGAAGAAAUGGUUCCUUACCAACUGCAGUACUAGCAGAAUUAGAUGGAUUGUUUUCUUUUUUUCUUGUGUAACCUGAUAAAAAUUUCUGCCAAUGAUUCUUAUGUCCUCGAAAAUCAAUCACCCAUACACACUGUACCUUGAGUCGCAUGGAAACUGUUGACAUGACAUGCCACAGAAAUGAGGGGUUGGGAUAAUUACAUUAUCAAACUUAACGUUAGGCAGGUAUCCCCAAAAAGGCAUGAUCAUCAUGAUAAUUGGCUUUCUCGGUUUUGAAUUCAAUCGUAAGAUGCACAUGAAUCUCUUACACAAAAUUGGAAUUCAUCAUACAUUAAAUGACAUGAAAAUUUUGCCCCACGAAGGUACCGGAAUGUUUGAGAGGUUCAUUGCUUGUUUAUUAGUGGAAAGGAAAUGUUUAGCUAACAACAACAUAAAAUCUUAGAAAAAUGAUAAUUCGUUAACGAAACUAUACACCCUUAGAAUUUACAAAGAGACAGAAUAUAACCACAGAAACACACCACCGCUGAGCGAGUUGAUUUUGAUUACGUAUAUCAUGUGAAGGCCUGGUAUGACCCCAAGACCUGAAAACAUUCGUUACCUUGAAAUUUUGAUAACGUGAUUUUUAAGUUGUUCCCCCUGAGGUUUGGGCUGUCAAGAAUUUACUGUGUUUUAUUGCACACUUAGAUACUUAGAAAUAAAAAGUUUAAGUUGCAAAGUAGUCCCGUGCAAUUCUAGUUCUUGAAUGCACUCCACUGAGCCUUCCUGUGCAGUGUUGGAUCCAGCAGCUUGGCAGUAGAGUCAGUGGGUGGGGACGUGGUGGAAACUACUUGACUAAUAUGUUUUUGUAAUUAUGGGUACCCAGGUUACCACCUGUUACAGGAAUUGGCUACCCUGUUCCCAUACUACCUAUAAAUGCACACUAUCAGGUGGAAUCUUAGUGAGUUGUGAGCCAUACCCGAUAAAUGAGAUUCAGUCCUAGGUUUUGACACCUUACAUGUUCUGGUGCAUGCAUUUACUUAUUUCAGCGAUUGGGGUUAGUUUUUCUCAGUCGGUGGAAAUCAGUGAAGUUUUAGAGGACGGUGAAACAGCAUACAUGUAUUAUCAAUUUUAUUUUACACUUCAAGUAACAAAAAAAAUCACAGAUAUAAAAACGAUAUUGCAGAUAUCCCACUAUUUUGAUUUUUUUAAAAGAAUGUUGUGUUUUGCAGUUAUCCCAGUAUUUAUAUUUUUUUUAAUGUUGGCAGUUGCGUUUUUUUGGGGAUAAACAAUACCGGAUUGUGACAAUAGAAUCCCAUUUAGAAUGCAAAACUUCAUUACUCUUCUUGUAAAAGUCCAAUGUAUCACAGCCCAGGAUAUAACUUUUCUCUGACUUACUAGUACCUUUUAACUGCAUGAUAACUAGUCUUGUAAAUCAGACUUAGACAACGACAUUCAAUACACGCCACUAUAACGAACACAACAGGGUCCAAACAAGUUGUUGGGCAUAGCAGUCAUUAUGUGUACAGUGUAGCUUUUUUUGGUUGCUGAUGCACAUCUUUCCAUCUCUAACCUUGUUAAAUGUGCUUACAUGUAUGUGAGAAACAAGUUGGAAAUAACACAAAAAGUCUUGCAUUUUGUUCAAUGAAUGUUCCUUUUGAUUCAUAUUUCACCUUUUGGUUGUUCUCACUGGAAGACCAAUCGUGAAGUGAAAUCAAGUUGAAAAUCAGCAAUAUGAUAAAUCCUGCAUGUUGUUUAGAAUGGACUCUUUAGCUUCAGUACUUUACCUUUCUUGUAGUCUUCAUGUACUCAGUACUACUCCAUGUAAUCAAGUAACAAAGUUAUGGCUCUGUGAUGAGAACCUGUGAUUAUCGUGAUCAGUACACACAUGUCCAGUUUACUUUCUAGUGCAGCACAGUGGUGUCCAUAGAUACAUGUACAUGUAUAGAGGUUGUACUUUUGAUGUGUUCCACUAACGUAUGCAUACAGGCACAAGCUUUACUGCUGUUUUUAUAUCUGGUAGAGAAUGUUAAACAAUGGAUUUUCAUUUUAGGCUGCACUAAUACAUGUUAAUAGCCAAUUAAUGGCAAUGUGCACAAUUUGUAAAACUUCAAAAAUGGGAUGGUCAAAUUAUCUUUGAUAGUUUAUUGUAAUGUACAUGUAAGUACGUGUUAAAUAUACAUAUGUAAUAGUGUCGGACAAUCUGAAAUCUUGUCCCCAGAAUGCUGUCAUUUUCAAGAAAAUAGAAAUUGUAUAGUUUUUCCAAUGAUCAUCUGGAUGGACAAUCAUUGGAAAGUACAUUUUGUUUAAAUAAUGCAACCUUUUUCAGGAGCAGCAAAAAUGUGUGAUGAGUUAGCUGUUGGAGGGAUCUAUAUUAACAGUACAUGUGACAAACCAUGACUGUGAGGUCGAUCAUGCAGUGACUUGGAGUGUUUAUUCCACAAAUUCUCAACGUUGCAUUAUGGAAGAAAGAGACACAAAUUUGAAGACAGGCAUAAGAGUCAAGAUGCAGAACUCUGUACCAAGGAUGCCUAGUAUGGGACCAUCUGACAAAGAAUUGAAUGACCUAUUGGAUUUCAGUGCUAUGUUUUCACCUCCAACCGGGACUGGUGGCAAGCCAGGAGGUACGAGCACUGUACCCAUGAGCCACUGUGGGCCAGGAACAGUCCGACCAGUACGACCUGCAGGAACAGUACGUUCAGCAGGACCAGGUGUACCCCCAAGUCCAACUGGGCCAGCGGGUCAAGCAUCUACCUAUAAAGCAGGUAUAGAUGGUCCUGGUAACACAUGGAAUAAUCAGCAAAGCCCAAGCUUCGAUUCAAGGGGAUAUGAACACUCACACAGUACAACCUAUGGCAACAUGAAUGAUAGAAUAAUGGAAGGACUUCCAAAUAGUUACACUCAUUCAUCUUCAGCAAUGUCUUCAAUAAUGGGCAAAUCCAAGGACCCCUACUCAAUGCCGUACCAAUCUAUGUCCAGAGAUUCAAACCUUACACCUAAUGCAAAUGUAGCGAUUGGAAUGUCAGCUCUAACUAGUGACAUGUCCAGUGGUAGUUCACUUUCACCUCAUACAAAGCCUGGUUCACCUUAUUAUUAUAGUCCUCACCCCAGACGCAGACCGCUUGUGCCUGAACAUCCUACUUUUGCAGGGCCACAUAAACGAAGGAAAGGUCCCGCAGGAGGGCUAACAGUUUACUCUCCCAAUGGUCAAGAUGAGUACCACCAUUCGUCCGAUCCAUCUAGUUAUCCUUCCCCUAAGCCUCCUGGCUUAUACCCUAAUGAGUACUUCAUGGAUGCUACUUCAGGCACCCACAGUCCACAUAGUACAGAUCCAUGGAACGGUAAUGGGCUGGCCCCAUCCAGUGCUAGCUUCCAUUCUACAUCCAUCUUAGGCAACUCUGGUUCUUCGUAUUCACAGUCACAAACUACCGGUACAUACCCACCACAUGAACCCAUGGGGUAUGGUCAGAGUCAAAGUGGUGGUCACGUCCAAAGUCACACUUUGUCUCCCAGUCGGGAUCCCUUGAGUCUUCCUCCUAUGUCAACCUUUAGACCCGGGACAACCACCUCCUCCACGCAUCCGCAUUCUCCAUAUUCAACCUCAUCACCUACCAAUGGAACAGACACAACAUUAAGUGUAAGAGGAACAACAAAUGUUGCCAGUGGAGGAGGGGGAAAUUCACAAACAGGAGAUACACUGGGAAAGGCUUUAGCUUCAAUAUACCCAACUGAUCACACCAGUAGCAGUUUUCCUUCUAAUCCAUCAACACCUGUGGGCUCACCCCCUCCCAUGUCAGGACCAUGGCCAAGAUCAAGCACUCAGGCAUCACCGGGGCCUUAUCACGAGAGUCAUCUUCAUUCAUUGCAAAGUCGUAUGGAAGAGAGACUUGAUGAUGCAAUUAAUGUCCUACAGAGACAUGCUGAAGGAGCUCUUCAGGCCAUGCCAAAUCACCCAGCAGGCAUGGUACCACCUCCAGCGCAUACAGGUGCUGCUGCAGCUAUCAGUGUAGGCCCGUCAUUUGCUCCACCAGGCCAGUAUAUAGAUCCACACAUGUCAGGGUCACCAUCUGUGGAAAGGAAUGCAGUGGCAGGACCUGUGUCUGCAUCUGAGAUGAGCCAAACUCAACAGCCAUUCAAUGCAGGUGUCCAAGGGGAGAUGAUGAGCCAGAGUAUGGACACAGACCAUAAGCCUACUCCCAAACCUAAGAAACCGAAGACAAGUCCAUCCAGUGACACCAAGCUUAAGCUGAACAACUCCAAAGAUACUCAGAGUAAAAUGGCUGAAUGUGAGGAUCCAUCAACCACACAAAGUACAAGGAAAGAAACAGUGGCGGCAUCCAAGAGUAAAAAACAGUAUGAUGAAUUCACAUCUGUCAGUGGUGAUGAAAGUGGAGACGAUUCUUUGACACCAGAGCAGAAGCUUUUGAAGGAGAAGGAACGCCGACAUGCUAACAAUGCCAGAGAACGCAUCAGAGUACGGGAUAUCAAUGAAGCAUUUAAAGAGCUUGGCCGUAUGACUUGUCUUCAUCUCAAGAGUGACAAGGCUCAGACCAAGCUUUCUAUCCUACAUCAAGCAGUCUCUGUCAUUACAAGCCUGGAGCAGCAAGUUAGGGAGCGUAAUUUGAACCCCAAAGCAGCGUGCCUUAAGAGACGUGAAGAAGAAAAAGUUGAGGAGAGGAACAUGGGUGGAGCAGGUGGUGGCCCACCAAGCUCUGACUCAAUCAACUCACCCCCUGGAAUGGGGUCUAGCUGGAGCCCAAGCUACAUGUCGCAGUCUCCUGGAUCAGCAUGCAACCUCAGACAACCUGCCAGCUUAUGAGUUCUGCUACAUCAAUACCCUGUUGUUUUAAUCUGGAUCCAGCACAGAACUACAAGAAAUACGCACCACAGUUAUUUCUUAGUCAACAGUGUCAUCUGCUCAGCAGUUGUGAACUUUGUCAUUUUUGGUAGUAGGAUUUGGAGAUGGUCAGAAGCCCGGCAAUGUCAACAGUCAUGUUGACUGACUCUUAGUUGUAAGCAUACAACAUAAAUGAUCGCAUGGCAGGUCAUUCAGCAUCUCACAAAAGAACCAAAGUUGUUACAUCAGUCAUCCAAUUGCAGGAGCUCUUUGGAGGCCAAUAUUAUCAGCCAUUGGAAAAAUUAACCACCUUGGAGGGUUGGACUUACACAUGUAGGAACAAGUAUGGAAUGUGUGUCUCUGAGGAAGUUAACUUGACGAAAGCAGUGAGGUUGCUGGAAGAAAGAGAGUCAGAGAUAAACUGACGGACAGGUGGAUUAGCCUAUCAGGAGCUCAACAAGAUAAAGCAAGAGCUGUUGAUUUGAUAAGUUUGCCAAAACCUGAUAUACAUAGCAGUCAUGGAAAUUGACAAGGUUGGAAGCUUGCACAGUUUGAUAACUGGAGUAUCAACAAUUGGAUAGCUGAGCAUUCUACAAAUGACAUUCAGACCUCCAUCCAAAUCUGUUGGAGUCUCAUAGUACAUAAAAAAAACUACAAAUGAUAUCUUUUGUGCUUCUUUAAAGCUGUACAGUAUUUUGGGUGUCUUUUAUAAACCAUUUGUCUGUUGUAAAGUGGGAGUACUGCUAGUAGACACCUAAGGAUGACUUAAGGUAUUGUUUAUCUUAGGUUCCAUAGGAGCAAUCCCUGGUGAGGUUCCAAGGCACUGUUCACCUUGAAAACAUAUUAGGGAACUAGUGGGCUUAUUGCAAUUAAACUUGACAAUAACCAUGAUUAACAUCAUAUGCUGCAUCUUUUUCAUUCUUUUGUUCAACAUAUAUCUGUUGUCAUAUUAUAAGCAUUAUCAAUAUGACUUUUCCCAAUUGUAUUCAUCACGUGCCAUGCUAGAAUAUUGUGUGUCCUAAAUUCCCUGUGAAUAUGUCACCUGUAUCACAGCAUGUUGUUCAGACUUUAUUGUAUUUUUUGUGUGUGUGCUAUGGUAUGAAUCAAACAAAGCACAUCAAAGUGUCUAUGAAAGAGCACCCAAUGGAAUGAACUUGGUGUACUAUGGGAUCUUGCCAGUACAAAUCCAAUGUAUAUGUUCUCAUGUGUCCAUAGUUCAUAAGCGCAGGCAUUGAAAAUCUGUGGUUUGAAUGUGGUCCAUUGUGGUUUAGAGACAGAAGUAUCACUGAAUCAAUGCAGAAUUCUCUAUCAUAAUGGAUGUUGUAAAUGGAACUUUUACUCUUGAGAAUUAAAUGUAGCACACAUACAUGUAAUUUUCAUGGAUGAGGGUCGCAAGUAUUGUUUGGUUACUCUAUCAAUUGAUGUGCCAGUUGUUAAUUAAAAAUCUUUAUUCACUGUGAUAAUGUGACCCUGGAGGGCAUAAAAGAACACUCUUACAUUAAAGGGCACUCAACAUUAUUAAUCAAAAUUGCUUUGUUUUAAGGCUAAAAGGAAGCACGAGAAAUCUCAGAAUGUCUUGCUGUAGAAUUUUUGAAACAUUCCACAUAGCACUUGAUGGUGCAAUGAUAAAUUAUUUCCACUAAUAUUGUAUUUCUUACAAGAUUUCAGACUGGCAUGGUUCGAAAAUAUAUCAAAAUGUCAUCAAUAUGAUUUUUAAAUUGCCACUUUUCCCUCAACCCAGGUUUUCCUACGAACAAACAAAAUUUGCUUGUAGGAACCCUCAAAGAAUUGACCCCUUCCCACUGUUAAGCGGUCAUCAAUUUUAGCUGAGUGCUCACCUCAACGUUAAAAAAGUGGUUUCCCUUCACCAGCCUGCCUGGAAAAAUCCUGGCGAUGCCUGUGGUACUAUGAAACACUGGUUGCCUGUGGUUGACCUUAGAUAGACAUUUAUUGUAUCUUGUUUUUUUUGGGGGGGGGGAACCUCCCCUUAGGGUGCACCACUGCUGCCCUUUACCCUGUGCCCAGCUUUUGAUAAUGACUGUACGAUACCAGUAGCUUUUCUUAAACUCUAUUCUUUUGCAAAGACUUAAGCAAUGCUAUCAAUUUUACUUAAACACAUGAAGUCCAGAACAUUGUGAAGAUCAGAGGUAUAAUAUGCAUAAACAUACCUACACAGUAUUCCGCUUUUACAUCUAGUGCAGGACAAAAAUGCUAUUAAUUGAAUCAUCACACCAAAUCACAGACCUGGUUGGAUGACAAAUACUCAACUCGUUCAACCCAAAAUUGUUCAGUUAACAUAUUUCUGACAAUGAGGUGCUCAUUAGUUUAUUGCACUGCACUCGCGCAACAAUCACCAAAAAGAAGACAUUUAGGUCAGUAAGAUAUGAAGAAUCCACAAUUUUUUGGUUUCCACAUCAGUCAACAUGUAGGAUUUCUUCCCGGGAUGACUCGCAGUUUUGCUCAUGAAUAUAGAAAUACUCAUAAGUAUAAAAACCCUAACCAAACCAAAUACUAUUUGCAAAAGCAAAGAAAAACUGAAAAAAGGUUUUGACACAGAUGCAGUUUCAGUGGUUGUAUGAAAAAAAAUUGUGUGGACCCAUAAAUCAAUUGAAAAAGUAAUCCCAAACUUGCGGCCCUAUAGACCUUUAUCAUGAUGCUGCUACAUGUAUGUUUGGAUUGUUCCCUGUACACCCAUUGGCAGUAGAAAUACAGCUUCACACAUUGAUGAAAGGGAACAGAUUAUUUCCAGCCUCAGUUUGGUUACAUUGGUUCGAAAGGUAAAAAAAAAGAUGGCUGCUCUAUGAUAGAGGUCUAUACUGUACAAACUUGCAUUCUUGCACCUCUCCAAAGAAUGGUGUAAAGCUAUACGAAUUUUGUGGGCUAUCAAGUGAUAUACUGUUGGCAUAUCAGAGGUUAUGACAGUACAUUCAUUCCUUUAGAGACACUGGAAGGGUUCUAUAGAUUUAGGAAUUAUUAGUUCCACGUUAUGAUGAACCUUUUUGAAAUCAUGCUGUUGUUGCAGUUUAAAGAGCUCUUUCUUAAUUUUUGAUUCUUUAAAAAUAAGAUGCAUUUCAAAUGUUUAAGUGUUCAUACACCCUUUGUACAUGUAUGUCACACUCCACAGCUUCAUCUGGUGAUGCAUGUAUCACUCUUUAGAGUGAUACCAUGUCAGACAUCCUAGUGAACAAAACUUCCAUCAGACAUUUAAACAGAUGAACAAGCAUGUAAUUUAAAUAUUGGGCUCUUUUGUAUGAAAUUGAGUGCUUCAUGCGUUUUUUGGAAAGCAGCAAUUAGGCAAUCAGGACAACAUGUAGGGAAAUGCUUAUCAGUCUGAAUAAUAUCUGAAUCCUUUCAAUUAAUUACUACAUAUCAGAUUGAAGCUGUUGAUUUACACAUUCUGCAUCAUGUCAUAAGUAUUCUGUUCGGAUUGCUUGUAUGACAUCAUAUGAAAUAAUGCCUUAAUUGCCUUGUGGCUUAUUGAUGCUGCCUUGUCUUCAGUAUCUUUCUGACAUUGGGUUGGAUGCUGUCAUGGUAAAGUUCAAUAAUUUUCCUUCAAGCCCACUAAUUUCCAGACAUGCCUAUGGGCCUUGGUACUCGUACUAGUUGGCUGUACAAAUGUAGAUCAAAUUGACAUUCUUUACAAUGACAGAAUUGUAGUCAGAUUGAAGAGAUAUUUUUAAAGGAUGGUGUAGAAAUUGGAGUAGACAAGGUUAUCAUUCUUUUGUAUUUAUUUUUCUUUUUGGUAUACUUUGUUACUUGAAAAAAAUCUUUCUUCCUUUCUCCUUUUUUUUUUAUUUUGGACAUUGUUCUUUGUGUCAGUUUGUGAAAAUUGAGAGGCAAGUUUUGAAAAGCUUCAAUUUGAAGCUUUGUUUAAUGAUGAAACCAGUGGGCACAUAUGUUAUUUCUUGCCUCUGCCGGGGAAAUAGCCAGGACAUCCAGUUAACUUUGGACCAUAUAGCUAUAUAUAAAAUCUAGAGCGCUAACUUAUGUGCAAAGUUAUGCCCGCUUGGCCCAUCCAUGUUUGUGCACAAACCUAGUCUGGAGACUCGAAAUUUUGUAUGGCUAUUGACAUACCUGCGUCUGUAUUCUAAAACAAUGCAUCUACGCAAAAACCUGAAUGCACAAUCAGUAAAUGAAGUAUUCAUUUGCUCUUCGCAAAAAGCAUAUAAUUUUGACGUUUUAAUUGGAUUUUAUGGGUAACAGAUGUGCAUUGCAUUUUGAGUACGUAAUUCAAUAUUCAUUUUGUCGGAUUUUGAAUGUUCUUCAAGCAUGCACAGAGAUUCAAAAUGUCUGCGCCCAGGAUUGCGUCAAAUGAGAAGUUAGCACUCUAGGGAUUUAAUAUAGCUCUAUGCUUGGGACUCACAACUUCUUGUCCAUAUUCAGUUACUGAACACCAAGUGUAUACUGAAUAGAUUAAUAACUAUCACUCUUAAUUCCCCUUCCCCAACUAUUAUAAAUGUGUCUGUCUUUCCUGAGAUUUGUUCAUUUUUAUGAUUCUUGGAAAUGUUUGCCAGGGGACUUUCAGUUACAUGUAGAAAUAGUUUAGGCUUUGUUCUUUUAUUUGUGAUUAUAGUGUAUAUGUAAAACCUGGGUUAGAAAUGUUUUUAGUGGUUGAAAGAAUGGAAGAUUUGAAGAUAGAAAGAAGGUUGUUGAAUGUGAAGUUCACUCUCUUGUAUUUUUGUCAGUAAAUACUUGGAGAUUGCUCAUGAAAUAGUGGAUAAUAUGCACCAUUGGCAUGGUGAAAUAGGUUUAAGAUUUUAAUGAAAAGGUUCUGUUGAAUGCAGGGCUCACAUUCUUCAUACAAAUGUCUAAUGACAUUUGAAAUAACCUAAUGCAUGUACAUGUACAUGGUAGAUCAAGGACUUGAAAUCGAACCUGAAGGUAAGCUUGAAUAAAAAGUUGGUGUGAUAUGUUUGGCUGUAUGAGCAAGACCAUUGGCAAUCAGAGGCAUUUUGUUUGUACAAACUUUCUUAAUUGCUACAAACUACUUAGCAGCAAGAAUAAAAUGCGUACACACAAGUUUCAGUUUUUAACACAGUGGCAGACUGACAGAUAAAUUGAUGGCAAAUGAAUUUUUAUGUCAUGCUGUUGGUGUUGUAAUGGUAAACAUUGAAAUUUUGUGUGUGCUGAACGAGGAGCAAAAGUAAGAUGAAGGUUGUAAUGAAAAAUUCUUUCCUUGCAGGCAUUGAUUUAAUUCUUGAAUACAUGCACAUUGUUACCUCAUAAUAUUGAAAUUACAUUCUAUGUUACACAGUGUCUUUAAUAUUGCAUUGUACUUUCCCUACACUGGUUAUGCAUUAGCAUGAAAUCCCUCCAGGUUGGUAAAGAGCCAAACAAUGCAGUCUUUUAAAUAGAAUCCAACCACAAAAGCAAAUGUAGCUAACGUAUGAUAAGCUAAUGAUGUUGUCCUGUGUUUUACAGCAAAAAUGGGAAAAGAACCAUGUCAGAUUUUGACAUGUUCCAAGGAGCAAGUUUUCUGGUAUAGUUAAAUUUCACAUCAGCUGGGUUUUACACAGUUUAAUAAGAACUGGAUGGUUGAGACUGAAUAGGACUUGAUGUAUUCACUUUUUUCUCUUAUGUGGUAACUUCAUAUUGAUGCAUUCAGAUAAAGAAAUGCCUAUGGUGUGAAUUCGUACAAUGACUCAUUACACAAGGUUUUGUUGUGUUCAUUCCAACAUUCACGAAUCUUGAACAGUUACAUAAGCUAUCAGAUAUGAGAGUUGUUUAUAAUCUGAAUAUUAUAACAUGGAUCACAAACUUUUAAUAUACUGGUAUAAACUCUUUUCUCUUAGCUGAAUAUCUUUAUCAAGUCACACGUGAACCAUUUUCCAAGAUAGUCAGUGACUUUUGUUGGCUGAUUUAUUGCUUCUUGGCCUAACUGAUCACAUCCUGAGCCUACAUUUUUAAUUUCUAUGAUCAAAGGGUUAUUCUGAGUGAUCAACAAGGGGCUCGUUAAGGUGAUCUACUCCAGAGCUGUAUAUAGAGAGAGUAAUGUCAUCUUCAGACUUUGGAAACAAAAUGGCUGUUCAUUAUAUGUGCAGUACAACAUGCAGCUUUCCUUUGCCAAUUGGUCAUGUGCACUGACACAUAAUCCACCAUUUUGGUUGCAACAAUUCAGACACUCAUGUUGCAACUCUCUCUGUAAACAGCUGUGAUCUAAUCCAGAGCUGUUGUAGAGAGAGUAGCAUCAACUUCGGACUUUGGAACCAAAAUGGCUGUUUUGGAGAAGCAUAAAAACUGCAUGCGCUUUCGUAGCAACAACCAAUUCAUCAGAUGUAAUGAGUACAUUUGGAGUUUAAAUACUGCCUGGCAGUGGAGUAUAAACAAAAGCUGGAGAUGGCUACGAAGAUUCAUCCUUGUAGCGUGAACGAAAGCCAUGGGAGUAAAUCCUGGGGGAAUGGGGUAUGUAUCCCCCACACACUUUUUGAAUUGGGAAGAUGGGCUGUUGAAUCAUAUCUCCAUUUUUUUGUGGUGAGCAAAAACGUACAAGUGAAUUGUAGACAAGUUUUUAGACUAAAACAACUAAAAUGCAUUCAGUAUCACUUCAAAAAGGGAAAAUAAUUUCAAAAAGUCAUUAAUAUGGCAGUUUAUAGAUGUAUAUUAAUAGACAUCGACAUCUUUAUACUGAUAUUUUGGGCCCUCCCCCACUUUUCAAAUUUUCAUGUCAUCCCCCACCUUUCUUAUGCCAAUUCCCCCCCCCCCAAUUUCAGGCACAAAUUUAGGCCAGUGAUGAAAGCCACUGUCUCUUUUCAGUCCCUGGACCUUCUAGUUAAUAUGUUGUUCAGCAGCAUCCCUGUGGAAUCUGGACUUGAUUGCCCCUUGUUUGAGAACAGCAACUUUCAGGUGUUGGAGUGAAUGGCCUGGCAAGUUGAAGUGCUGGGCAACUGGUUUCUGUUGGUCAUUAUUCCUGAUGUUGAAUUUGUGGCUGUAAAGUCGUCAUUAUAUGUGGAGUACAGCAUGCAUCUAUUGUGUGCUUAUUGUCCAUGUGCACUGACUCACAAUCCAUAAUUUUGGUUCAGACAAUUGAGAUGAUCUCUACAAACAGCUCUGAUCUCAUCAGGCCAAGCUUUCUAUAGCUAAUUGUCCUGGGUGUUGCUAGGAUUAAGAAUCUUUGUAUAUUGUUUGUUGUGUGCUAGGUUACAGAGUUCCAUUGGGACAUACCUGGUGGUGGGAAUUUCCUGCUGAGUUCAAUAAACACAGGCUAAUUAUCAUUUAUGAAAAAGGCAAUCUCGCCAUGUCAUUACUGAAACCCAAGUACAUACUUCCCCAAAGUGCUUAUUUUGGUGUUCUGUUUUGUUUUGUUUUUACUAGUUUUUUACAUAAAUUAAUUUAUCCAUUGUACUUUUAUUCCUCUAGAAUCAUGCACAAGCAGACUGGUGCUGGGUGUGUCAAUGAAUGUGCACGUUUAAAACAGCAUGGCUUGGUGCUUAAUGUAAAAAUGUGGAGACGUACAGCUGGUAUUGCAGCAUUCAUUUAUGAGGUACAGAAAUGCUUAUUUGCUCAAUAAAGUAUUGGCAUUGUCAACAGAAUGCUUGAUGUUUGUGUUCAUUUAGAAGCAGAAUCUGUGCUACUUGCUCCACUGCACUAGCUUCCUGCUAAUAACUGAAUGACUGCUAACACAUCAACUCAUUUUCAUGCACCUCAUUUAGAGUUGUUUUGCAUAAUUUGAACCCAACAUAUUACAACUAACAAAUUGUUAUAAAACUUUUUAAUAUUGAUAGGCCUACAAUUAUGAGUUUAAGGUCUUUCCUUCUACCUGAAUGUCUUUGCAUUAAAUUGUUUUAUUUGUGGCCUGCAUAUCUUGAAGUUGCCCUAGUGUUUAAUAAUUCGAGGGACAAGAGAGUGAAGCCCAAGGGUUUGUGAAUCUGCUCAGUGCAAAGCAUGGCGCAAGUACUGGUUGUUUAAAAGUAUCUGAGCACCUGCCUCCUCGCCUAAUGUAUUUAGCACUAGGUCAUGGACAGUUGUUGUGAAUAUAAAGGGGAUUUUGUAUUGUUUGUAAAGUGCUACAAAUUGAAUUUUACAUUUAAACUCCAUAUGAUUACAUCUGGGUCUGAGUAUGCUAGAAAAUUUAAGAGUAUUUGAAAUGGAAAAGGUUGUUUUAUUAAACAGGCCAGGUGGUUGACAUUUCAAGGAAGACGUUUUCCUCUUGGUAUAACAUGUUUGCAUCUUUUUGCUGAUUAAAUGCUGUUUAGCACAGUAUGUGGGGCACCAUUGUAAGUUUAAUUCAACAUUUUCGAUUAUCUGAUUUUUUCUUCAUUAGAACCUUCUUCCUAUGCCAACAAUUAAGUAUGAUUAGUCAAACUUCCUUUUUGUAAUGAUUUAGAUUGGUGAGACAGGUUGUUAUCGUUGACUGGUUAUGGCCAAUUACCACUGUACAUGUUUAUAUGUUUCAUCCUGUAGAACAUGAAACAAAGAUGUCAAUAUAGUAAAGUUGAUGCGGAUGAAUCCACUCUUUGCUCUAGUGAUUUUGUACUUUUACUACAGUGACUUAUUCUUUUAGCUUUGGCAUUGCCUUUUAAAACUAUAUGCUGGUCUGUAACAUUGCAUCAAGCAAGAAGUGGUUGAUAAUAUACAUCCUUGAAGUCCUGAUGAGUACCUUCCCAUGCCAUGUACUGAUCAGUCUGGCUCUAUCAUGUAGCAAUGCUGUACAUUGUACGUGGUUCACAAAGAUUUCAAACAAGAAUUACUUCACAACAUGAUACUUUUUCCUCUAGAUAUCCUAUUUAUACCUCAUACAAUGCCUGUUAAGAUUCAGAUGUAUCAUAUGCGAGAACCAUGAACUGAGUAAUAUAUUAUAUAAAUAACUACCACAACUGUGCCUCGUUAUUCAUUUUGUUUCUCUCUUUCUCUCCAUGUUUUGGUUCUGUGGAUAUUCCUGGGUUGUUCUCUCGUUUUCACCCAGCAUCUUUCAUUGUAUAUAGGCUUCUGUUUAGAGAAUAAAUGUGCCAUCUUUGUAACUGUCGUCAAACUCAACAGAA